UCGAGACCAGCCUGGGCUACACAGUGAGUUCCAGAAAAAAAUGAUACAGAAAGAAGGGAGACAGAGACAGAGGUGGAAAGAGGAUGGUGGAAAAAAUGAGGGACGAAGCUGAAAUGGAGUAUUUGAAGAUAGCUCAGGACCUGGAAAUGUAUGGUGUGAACUACUUUGCAAUCCGGAAUAAAAAGGGCACAGAGCUGCUGCUUGGAGUGGAUGCUCUGGGACUGCACAUCUAUGACCCCGAGAAGAGGCUGACCCCCAAGAUCUCCUUCCCGUGGAAUGAAAUCCGAAACAUUUCAUACAGUGACAAGGAGUUUACUAUUAAACCACUGGAUAAGAAAAUCGAUGUCUUCAAAUUUAACUCCUCAAAGCUUCGAGUUAAUAAACUGAUUCUCCAGCUUUGUAUUGGGAACCAUGACCUAUUUAUGAGGCGAAGGAAAGCUGAUUCUUUGGAAGUUCAGCAGAUGAAAGCCCAGGCCAGGGAAGAGAAGGCUAGAAAGCAGAUGGAGCGGCAACGCCUGGCUCGAGAGAAGCAGAUGCGGGAGGAGGCCGAGCCCACGAGAGACGAGUUGGAGAGGAGGCUGCUGCAGAUGAAAGAAGAAGCAACGAUGGCCAACGAAGCGCUGUACGGUGACUAUGACCCCUCUGUGCACAAGCUGGGAUUUUUGGCCCAAGAGGAAUUGCUUCCAAAAAGGGUAAUAAAUCUGUAUCAGAUGACUCCGGAGAUGUGGGAGGAAAGAAUUACUGCCUGGUAUGCAGGGCACCGAGGCCGAGCCAGCUGACAGGAAUGUCAAGAAAAUGAAGACAGGAAAGAAGAGACAGUAAAGAAUUCUCUCACAGGAUUCACAGCAAUCACACUGAUCUUUCAGUGUUUCUGAAUAUCUGCAGAUAACCAGUGAUCAAGCAGAUGCAGAUGAAGUCCAAUUAUCCCAACUGAUCAUGAAACCUAGUGACUCUCCAUUUGUCCCUUUUCAACGAAAAUGUGGAGGGGAGAUUCCUCUUGGAAACCACAUCUCUGCUGGUGAACCGGUGGACGGGACGGUGAGGACACCACUGCUGAUUCUGAAUGCAACCUCCUGGCCCUCAGCAGAGAUGUCCUGCUGCCCCAGGUCAUGAGACAGAGGUGGUAACUAUUAAAAUGAAGAGGACUCAAGAGUCUUGGUCUUCAAAAACAUCUAUUUAGAGUUUCACCUGUCUUCUGCCAUCACAUGAUUCUGCAGUUAUGCAAAUUUAAAGGUGCUCCCAGUUCAGCGCAAGGUUCAUGAUUUAAGGUCAAUGUUCAAGACUACUGGAGCAUGAAACAAGACUUCUGGCACUGCUUAGAAAUGAGAGAUGGAAGGAACUCUUCCCUUCCCCCAAGCUCUUUAUAGUAGUUACAAAUGGGACUUGGGGUGGGUGUUGGUAGAACAGGGCACGGGUACUGGGUAACAGGAAGGAAUUAUUUUUCCCUUUUACCCCAUUGCUCACCUGGCAAACACACAGAAGACUGGCAGCUGAGAGAACCCAAUGGAAAUACACAAAACUCAAAAAUGGUACUUUAGAGUUCCGGGAAUACUGAUUUUAUAAAAGACUGUAACGAGGGCCAGGGUUCCAGCACCUGCUUUGUAAGCACAGGGACCCAAGUUCGAUCCCUGGUUCCCCACCCCCCAAAGACGUUAAGUUAUUGAAGUAUAUGCCCCAACCACAGUGAAGGAAGAGUUUGCAAAAUGAACUAUGGCACUGUGUUUUGCAUUAAUCCCCACAGCUGCCCAUGGCCUCCUUCAAGCCCUGAUCUGCAACCUACGUCUGGUUGGCAGUAUUUCAAGAAUGGCAGCCUCACCUAUUUCCUGUUUGUUCCUCUUCUGGAGAUCUGCUCUCAGUUUUCAAAGUUCAUUAUCAAAUUACAGAAACCAAAUGUAAUUACAUUCUGAUUUUGGCCAGGGUUAAGAGUUUGAAGCUAUUACAUAAAAUUAGGUCCACCUUGAAAAGCAAACAAAACAAACAGCUGAGUGUUCUGGUGCACACCUGUAAUUCCAGGUACUCUGGAGGCUCAGGUAGGAUUUUGGCAAAUUUGAGGCAAGCCUAGGUAACGUAGAGAGGCCCUGUCUCAAAAUAAAAAGAGCUGCAGUCUACAGCUCAGUGGCAGAGUGCUUGCCUAGUGUGCAAUACAUAAGGCCCUGUUUCAGACCCUAGUCCCACCAAAGAAUACAAAUAAAACCCCCCUAGCAAUAUUGGCUGAGAGGAAGCACUCAGCCAGAAUUGGUUGGUGAAGGAAGGUGUGUUUGUGGAACCAUGGCGCUCUCGUGUGAUUGUCCUUCUGGCUGAGAAUGAAAUUCACCUGGGGACCGGGGAUUUAGCUCAGUGGUUCCACCACCUGCCUUGCAAGCUCAGGACCCGAGUUUGAUCCCUGGUACCAAAAAAAAAGAAAAAUUAUCUGGAGUGCUUUGAUAGGGCUGACCUCUUCUUUCUUAUUUAUUUCCUGCUCUUCCACAGUUGGGCAGAUGCCUGCUACUAAAUAUGUAUAGUAAAUAAAUAUGAAUGGUAUUCAAAGUAAAAAAAGGAAUUUAAUCUGUCACGUGGAACUUUCUUAGUGAUGACCAAUAUAUUUUCAGUUGCAUUUCUUAUAUAUGAAUGUGAGUAUAUAAUGUCUGUACUUCCUUUAAAUAAAAGCUAGCAAGCUUGCUAAGGGGAUUUUUAAAGAUUUCAGUGCCAUCUCACACUUCUAAAACUAUUCAUAUAUAAUCAUAUGGAUCUUUCUAACAAGAAAGUACAUAGUUUUUGCAUGAAAUGUGAUUUUUUAAAAAUGUGCUUUGGAUAUCUGCUCUCUAAAAAUGUAUAGAGAAGUGAUUUUGAGGGCCUGAGAUAUUUCCCCCACAGAAGGGACAGGGUUUACUCCAACAAGUCUGUACAAUUCCGCAGGAGCUUGUCAACAGCUCUGCAAAUCUGAAGUGAAAUAUCUUUAUCUCAGAAAUCUACAUAGUUUUGGAACAGUUUCUAAAAUAAAACAUAGUAACCUCCUUUAAACAUAUGAGGCGGGCUUUCAGAGUAGUUUCUAAUAAACGACGUUACCUAUCAUUUGUUAAUGCAUUAAAUUUUAAUUCUGUUUCAUGCAUUUCAUUAGACAUCUACCUAAAAUUCUUAGGUCCCGUCAAUCAAAUGGAACCCAUUGAAUGGACUUACGCUCGUCUGUCAUAACUCAGUGUUAGCAACAGCAGCACAGCUUAUUUUUAGGUCUAUGAAGGGCAGAGAGUCUGCGAAGGGUUGCUCAAAUGUAUGUCUCUUUGUAACGCUGACCUUUACGGUCUUGUGUCUGCUGUUUGUGGAGUUUUCUGUUUCUUCUGUUACUAUUGAGAACCAUUAAAAAACUUCUGCUUCUAAUGUUCUGUGGCACCAAAGUGAGAUGCUCAGAAUUGAAAGAACUCUGAGUCAACUCAGAGUAAAGCUCUGAUGGGAAGCCUGGGCUUCUUUGUAUAGUUUUUGCUGUCUUUCUAUGUGUACCAGAUAUUGAGGAUGAUUGUUAAGUAAAUUCUGAAUUACAGAAGUGGCAUUUUGAUUGGAUCUGGUAUCUUAGCUUCUUUCUCCUCUCCUCACACAUAUUUGAUUUAUAUUUACAUUUUCAAGAAGUAUGAUAUGCAAG